UAACCCAAAGAAUAUUGGUGUGUGUCGGGCUGUAGGAGAAGAUGGCGGUCUCCACAGGAGUUAAAGUUCCUCGUAAUUUUCGCUUGUUGGAAGAACUUGAAGAAGGACAAAAAGGAGUAGGAGAUGGUACAGUUAGCUGGGGCCUUGAAGAUGAUGAAGAUAUGACACUUACAAGGUGGACAGGCAUGAUUAUUGGGCCACCAAGGACAAAUUAUGAAAACAGAAUAUAUAGCCUGAAAGUAGAAUGUGGACCUAAAUACCCAGAAGCUCCUCCAUCAGUUAGAUUUGUAACAAAAAUUAAUAUGAAUGGAAUAAAUAAUUCCAGUGGAAUGGUGGAUGCACGCAGCAUACCAGUGUUAGCAAAAUGGCAAAAUUCAUAUAGCAUUAAAGUUGUACUUCAAGAGCUAAGACGUCUAAUGAUGUCCAAAGAAAAUAUGAAGCUUCCACAACCACCAGAAGGACAAACAUACAACAAUUAGUUUUAGUGGAUCUCAAACUUGUCUUAAAUCAACAACCUUCUACUCAUAUUAAUGUCUUGAUUAAAUAUCACAAAGCAAAAUACCCACACAUUAAGUAAAAGAAUUCCAGCUGAUAAACAUGACCUGGACAUUUGUAAGAAUAUAUUUAAUAAAUGUUCACCCAUUAUGUUUUCAGGUAACAAGAGGAAAAAUGCAGCACAACUUUUCUUUCUCUUGUUAAGGCACUGUCAUUUAACCAUGAACCUGGAGUCCUCCAAAUAGAAUUCAGGUUUACAAGAUGAAAGCAUGGGAAGAAUUGUCAGAUGUCAGUGGAAACGUGUGUUUCUGAAAAGUAAAAUCUCAAGAAGGAAAAACAGAAAUGGCAUGCUUAUCCAUCUUGCUUAGUGAAAGAGCUACAGUUUGAAAUUGUUCAAAGUAGCAGGUACAAUGAAUAUUGUCACAAAUUGUGUUAAUUUUUGAAGCAGUGUGGGUGCUGACUACUAGUAGUAUCAAAAAUAUGUUCAGGAUUGUUUUGAUACCUGUAUUUAUAAUAAAAAAAAUGUUGGGGGGGUUGAUGAA